UUGAACCAUCAAACAUAAGCACCUUUGGAGAUCCCGAGGGGUUCAGAUGAGAAACAGCUAUCAUCUUGUGCACGGAGCGAUCACUUAUCAGCAGCGCAGCCAUGUCCAGGUCUUUUUACGUCGAUUCUUUAAUAAUCAAGGAUACGGUGCGACCUGGACCAGUUGAGCAUCCCGGACAAGACUUCCUUAUUCCCAUCAGCAUGCAUUCUCCGAGCGUAAUGACGGUCACCGCUCCGGUGUGCCCAUCCAGGAAAACUGGGACUUUCUGUGUUUGCCCGCUGUGCGUCACGUCCCACAUCCACUCUUCCCGCAGCGGCAUUCCCAUGCUGAAGAGUCAGUUUCCAGGAGCGGAGGCACAGUACUGUCAGAGGAUAGCGCAUCAGCAGUCUCCUGCACUCGCGCACCCGGGACAUACACCUGUCUGCACGCCCACAUUCAGCGUCACAGAUGCCAGGAGAUACCACUGUCUUUCUAUUGGCGCCACCGAGAGCAGCCAUAUACAGAAUGGCAAGAGGAUGCGCACGGCUUUCACGAGCACGCAACUCCUGGAACUUGAAAGGGAGUUUUCCACGAACAUGUAUCUUUCAAGACUCAGGAGAAUCGAAAUCGCCACGUAUUUGAACCUGUCCGAGAAACAGGUGAAAAUCUGGUUUCAGAACCGCAGGGUGAAGCACAAGAAGGAGGGGAAAGCCACCCAGAGGAGCGCGCACAGCGGUUGCAAGUGCACAACCGCUCACACAGACUAUUCAAGGUCAGAGGACGAGGAGUCUCUAUCUCCGGCCUCUGCUUCGGAAGAGAAAGAGGUGUCACCCAUCUGAGAGGAACGCGAC